UUUUCGGAAAAAAUAUUGACUUCUACCUGCUGAUGUUUGAAUGAUCCCGGAUAAUAACAUUACUGUUUAUGUUUACAAACAGUGGGUUCAUGACUGUGUUUUAGCUCGUUUUAUAGGCUAUACGGUAGGUUGCCAUGGACACCACGGAGACUGCAAGCAAAAUUCAGUUUGAUCCCAAAGAGCACCAGCAUCUGAGGUACAACCCACUGCGUGAUUCCUGGGUUCUGGUUUCUGCCCAUCGGAUGAAACGGCCAUGGAAAGGGCAGGUGGAGAAGGUGCCGGAGGACAACGUCCCUCGUCAUGACCCCAACAAUCCUCUCUGUCCCAGAAGCACCAGAGCCAAUGGGGAGGUGAAUCCUGAUUAUGACAGCACUUUCCUCUUCGAUAAUGAUUUCCCUGCACUACAGCCGGAUGCUCCAGAUCCUGGUUCAGAUAAUCAUCCUUUGUUCCAGACCAAACCUGCAAGAGGUGUUUGUAAGGUCAUGUGCUUCCAUCCGUGGUCUGACAUCACGCUCCCUUUGAUGCAGCCUGGAGAGAUCCGCAAGGUGAUUGACAAGUGGGCGGAGCUGAUUCAGGAGCUAGGCCACACCUAUCUGUGGGUGCAGAUCUUCGAGAAUAAAGGAGCCAUGAUGGGCUGCUCCAACCCUCAUCCUCACUGUCAGGUUUGGGCCAGCAGCUUCUUGCCUAAUGAACCCGCGCUGGCUGAACGCUGUCAGAGGGAAUAUAAAGAGACGCACGGAGAGCCCAUGCUGCUGCAGUACGCUCACAUGGAGGCUCAAGCAGAGGAGCGUGUGGUGGUGCAGAAUGAGCACUGGAUUGUUGUGGUGCCGUAUUGGGCCACGUGGCCUUUCCAGACUCUGCUGCUGCCACGCCGACAUGUUCUGCGUCUUCCUGAUCUUACUUCUGAGGAGAGAGACAGUCUUGCAUGCAUAAUGAAAACGCUUCUGACAAAGUACGACAACCUCUUUGAGGUCUCCUUCCCCUACUCAAUGGGCUGGCAUGGAGCGCCAACAGGAAGUUAUCUGGAAGAAGACAUGAGCCACUGGCAGCUUCAUGCACACUACUACCCUCCCCUACUCCGCUCAGCCACUGUCCGUAAGUUCAUGGUGGGCUAUGAAAUGCUGGCUCAGGAGCAGCGUGACCUUACACCCGAACAGGCUGCCGAGAGAUUACGAGCACUUUCUGAGGACCACUACAAAACCGGAGUGAAAGGGCAGCAGAUUUGAAAAUGGAGUUUAAGCAGGAGCUGCCACACUGGAGCUUUUCUUCAACUUUUGUUUUAGAGCAUUGACUUUCAGAGACGAGACGUUUUCCCAGAUAAACAGAGGUACAACAGAAGGCCCUGUGCAGAUUCCCUCAGCACUUCUGAAUGUGCUGCACUGUGUGUUGGCCGAGCCUGACUCUCUCCCAGCCAUCUGAUCCAGUACCGGGUGAUGUUUGAGAUGCUGGGCUGAUGAUGCACAAACUGAGAAGCUCUUCAGUGUAUUAGAGUGAUUUAAGAAAUAUAAUUCAUAAAACAACUUACAUUUAGGCUUUAGAGCUGACAAAAUAGUUGUGUGAGUGUGUGGUUUGGUUUACGUUUACCUGUUUUGAUGGCUAUAGACCCCUUUCACUGACGUCACCCGAAACCGGAAGUAAACAGACCCUGCGCCAUUUUGGAAGACCAACAAACUCGUGAUUAGGGGGGAAUAACGGCAGCGGUAUGUGAACCCACGAGAAUAAAGUGCAGUGGCAAACGACUUAAACAAAUCUGAGUUGUUUUAUUUAUGAUUUAUUGGCCCAACAGUAGACUUGAAAGAAACCUGUGUGAGACUUGGCAAAAAACUGUGGAUAUAACGGAUAAGUCUGUGCAUGAUCUGCGGACACUUUGAGGUAAGCAAACGCAAGAAAUUCAGAUUUAAAACAUGCUAAAUUGGCCCCAAGUUGAUAACUGGAUGAGGAGCAAGCCUCCCAGACUUCUACAAUUUAAUAAUAAUAAUAAUUUAGGAUGGUUUGGGGCUUGCUCGCUGCUGCCAGGUUGGUUGUUGAGUAGCCUGACUGUUUUUUUUUUUUUUCUUGCGUGUGGUAUCAUUGUUGACGCGAGGUUGUUUUUUGAACAUGCCAAUGCGGACACGAUUUCCCCUGAUGAGUUAUGACUUCAGACGCGAUGCGUGUGUGGAGGUGUGGAGUCCGCGUGAUAUGUGUGUAAGAUAGGCUUCUCAUGCGUUUAGAGAUCCGCGCUCCGAGACAAGCGCAAGCACCCCCCCCCCCCCCCCCCCCCCCAAGGGAAAAAAGGGACCCCCCCGAAAAUAUCGGCAUAGUUCGAACACUGAGUGUAGGCACUGGGUGUAAACAACAAAUAGUUUACAAUGUCUGGGUAGCAAACAGAUGGCAGAAUUGGUGUCAGGUCCUCCUUAUGUUUCCAUUCUCCCUUGCCGCGAGUCUUAUCAUAUGGGUCAAACCCAUCAAUCACAGCCAGUUUCUCCACAUACCGUGCCCUUUCUGCAGCUGGUAAUGUACUCACAUAACCCGAAUUAUCAUCCAUCGUGUCACUUUACUCUCGCUCGUACUUUGUUUUAUAUUGUGAGUGCAUGUACUUGGUCUUCCAAUAUGGCGCCUAACAAAAUCUCGCGGCGCGGUGACGUCAUGUGAAAGGGGUCUAUAGCCCACAUCCUUAACCAAUGAUCUACCUGUACCAUAUUUUUAUUUUUUAUUUUUUUGCAGUUCACUGGGAUUGUAUUCUUCAAUUGAAAACAAAAUUACAGCAUUCAAAAUUCAAUGUACAAAUAUUCACCUUCCUAAAAUACAGUUCCAAAAUUUUCCAGGUGUUAUGACACCAUUAUUCAAAAGGUAAUAUUCAACGCAUUCUUUUUCAACCUCACAAAUUCAGUCUGCCAAAAUUCAGGCUUAACAUUCACCAUCUGGGUAUCACGAUGGAUUGCCAGUACAUUAUUGUAACCGAUGCUGCUCAAAGCCUGCUUCAUGCUCUGAUGGUUAUGUGACUACAAUUAAGCCAGCUGCUGUUCCUGAAAACACGGUUAAUCUAGCUGCACAUAAAUUUUAGGGGCAUGGCUUUUAGCCGCUUAGCGUACCAUACUUUUUUUUUUUAAUUCAUUAUUAUAAAAAAAGUAUCACCAGUACCAUAUUUUCCAUGUUGCUGGUGCUGGUCCUGGAGCUGGUAUUGUUCAUGGAAACAGGUAUAUUUUUAGGAACCAGUUCUAAUUUCCAUCCGAGUCAGAAUUGUGCUUUACUGACCAAGUAAGUGAGUUUUCAAGGAAUUUAGGGAAUCAUUUUGAUAUGACGUAUCAAUCGUCAAACAGAGAAAUAUUGCUAAACGUUUCAGGAGACUCUGUUAUCAGGUGGGAGUUUACUACUAGGCUUUUAAAUAAUAACAAACAAAGGGGUUUUUACGGUAUCCGGUUAUUUCACACAAAAGUCUUUUCACACAAGUCCAAUUACAAUCUAAAGUCACUUUGCACAAUUGUUAUAAACAACCCUGAAGAUGCCCGAGUGUCAAGUGUUUGGGUGUAAAAAUAAGCCCGAUCAUCGAAGCAGUGAACGCACACACAUACACAUGCACGCAUGCAUGCAUGCAUGUGCGCGUAAACAGUGAACACUGUUCUUAUUUGUUGUUUUUAUUCACUCAGAAAAGUGAUCUUUUUAGACACUAAGAAUCGCAUUGCUAUGGCAACGGGAUUGCUUACUAGUAUCUGUGUCAGUACUGCAUAUGCAUUAUCUAGCCAAGUGAGAUUUAAACUUCAUAAAAGUGAAGUCUGUUGAUGUGCGUAUUUCGUCGCUAGUAAAAAUCAUACGGUUACAGAAAAUUUCUGAUUAGAUUUUUAGAAUUAGAAGCUUUUAUUUGCCUCACACACAAUACUGUGCAAAAGUCUUAGGCACGUGUAAAGCAAUGCUGUAGACCAAAAAAAUGGCUUAAAAAUAAUGAAAUAAAAUGUUUCAACAUUAAAAAAAUACCAUAAACCAUAAUAAGUAAGCCAUAAUACAUGAAACAAAGUCAAUAUUUGGUGUGAGACGACUUUGCUUUAAAAAAAAAAUUAAAAAUAGUAGUCUCAGGUCCAAUGAGUGCAGUUUUAUGCGGAAAUGAGCUGUAGGUUUUACUGAACAUCUUCCAGAACCAGCCACAGUUCUUCUGGACACUUUGACUGUCUCACUCGCUUCUUCAUUUUGCACCAAAACCCAGCAGCCUUCAUUAUGUUUUCUUUUUUUCAUCUGAAAAGUGCUCUCUUAUGGAAUAUGCUGCUCAGAUACAAACUUAUUUUUCUGUAGCAUUUAAUUUUGUGCUGGAAAACAAAUGUUUGGACUCCUAAAAUGUUUUUGUACUGACUCGAUUAUGUAGAAGUCAUAAAAUAGAAAUCUGUAACAAAAUUUGUAUGAAAAAAAAUAGGGGGGCUAAGACUUUUGCACUUUUCACAAACCUGGAAGUUGACUGUAACUGAGCUGGUGUAAAACUGUGUGUUAAAUUGUUUGGAAGGAGGAUUGGUGACUAACAGACAGGCUUCAUCAAGCAUGGCGGGUUCAAGAUGGCGGGACGGCGAAAUGUAUUCUAUCAGAAUCUCAGCAACUUCCAUAAAAAAAAAAAAAUCAAAGAUCUUUAAACAUGAUCAGAACUUGUGUGAAAUGACUUUAGAUUUGUGCAAAAUGACCGUAAACCGGUUUUUACAAGUUGUACUUCUGAUUUCAUGAAAAAGUUAACGGUCUGCGUUCAGCACAAAUCCAUCAUCAUGUACCACCAUAAUGCACCAAAUGGGAGAUUAAUGUUAUUGUUUUUAUCAGCGUGUUCAAAUGCUCAGUUUUAACGUUGGCUUUGAGGAUAUUGCCCCCAUUCCCUUUGUGGCAGUUGCCAAUAAAACAGCAGCCAUAAAUUACUUAAGAUGUGGCAAAAUGAUUACAGCUCCAAGCCCCUGACAUCAAUUAUUAUCCCCUGCCCAAACGAAGUUUGGUGGAGGAUAUAGAAAUGGAUUCCAUCUGUCCGUCCGUCCGUCCGUCUGGUCAUGUUUUCGUUUGCGGGCCAUAUCUUUAAAACUACUGGAGAUAUCUUCAUGAAACUUUGUAUACCUAUCAAGCAACAUGUGAACUGGUGCCUUUUGCUAUUUUGGAUUUUUGAAAAAAAAAAACAAGUAUUUUUCAAAUUUUUACAUAAAAAAUAGAUUUUGACUUUCUAAGGGUGUAUUCAGACCAGGAUAGUUCGAUAGUUCACUUGCUUUGGUCCGAACCAAAUGUUUUUUUUAUUUUUUCAUUUUGGUGCGGUUCGCUUUCACACUGUACAUUUUAGUAAGCGGACCAAAAUCUGUCAACAAAGCCACGCGCCCUGAGGUCGUUCAGCUAUUGGUCAGAGACGACACGCACACAAAGCGCUGUUCUGUGGAGCGCGUGAACCCCUUCUCCUUCAUUUUCUCACUGAAUACAGCAAACACGUCGGCAUUUUUGUGUGUUCUCUCCAAAAGCUCAGAUAUGUGGACAUCUGCCCAUAUAUCCACAAGGGUACGCGUUUCUUCCUCAGCCCACGUUUGCCCCCUACUCAUUUUUUGUACUCUGUAGUCUAGCCUACCACUGGUCUGAAUGACUGAACGACUGUUGUAAGGUUCCCUUGACAACCGAAACAGUGUUUGCACUUUGCGGUGGAGUGUCAAGACACUGUUUCCCAUAAUGUUCGACAAACAACGGAAGCUCCCGAGGUACAAAAAAGCAAAACUGUCGGAUUAGGUCCGGUCUGCUUUCACACCUCCAAAAGAUCCGCACCAGGGUUCCUUUGGUCCGGACCGAGUCCGACCUUGCAGCUCGGUCUCGGUCCGCUUGUUUGGUCCGGACCAGAGUUCGGUGGUUUGUAUUCAGACCAACCCAAAAGGUCCGGACCAAGGGAAAUUUGGUUCGUUUGGUCGUUUGGUCCGGACCAAACAACGUAGGUGUGAAUACGCCCUCAGAGCAAUGUUCGUUUCCGGAGCUUAUAUCCAAAACGAUUCAUGAUACGGAUUUGAAACUCGGUAUACAUGUUAACAAGGUGAUGUACAGUAGAUGUGCCUUUUCAUACUAAGAAAUUUAAAUUUUUCAUGUUUCCAUGGAAACAAUUUCAGACUUAAUCUCUCAGGUUAGCCUUAGGGGUAGGUUUUGUUUCCGGAGCAGAACUUGAAAACUAUGAGUGGUAUGAUCUUGAAAGUUGGUAUAUGUCUUGAUUAAGUAAUGUACAUGUCCCUUAUGAUACUAAGAAAUAUGAGAAAUUUUCAUUUUUAGCUCACCUCGACCAAAGGUCCGUGGGUUUAUGCCAUGGGCUGCUGAGGUCAGUGUAAAGAAGUAGGGUUGGUUUCCUGCAGCAGAACUUGACAAAUAAUAUCUUGAAACUUGGUAUAUAGUUGAUAUACAGUAUGGUGGGGGGAUAUAGAUGACUCUGUCUUCUUGUUUAGAUUCUUGAAACAAGACCAGCACUAUAUCUGUAAGGUGCAAUGCCAGAACAUGGCAUUACUGAAGUAUAUAUCUUGUGUUUUUGCUGUGCAGUCUGGGGGGGGGCAAAUAAAAAGCUCUUUUCAUGUCAUGGUAGUAGAGUGAGUGUGAUUCGAUCAGUUCCGAGUCAUCGGAGUCGGAUCAUUUUCUUCCACUGAACAUCUCCUUUAGAUUUAUCUCAACAAAGAUCACUGACUCAUGCUGUUUAUUCACGUCUGAUAGUGAAAUAUCAUAAUAUAAUAUAA